AUGGACUACGAAGCGUUGAAGGACCAAUGGAGUGAUGUCGAGGACCGCGAUGGCAUCAGACUGAGCUGGAAUACGUUUCCAAGCUCACGCAUGGAAGCAUCUCGGCUGGUCGUCCCCAUUGGUGCUGUGUACACUCCGCUCAAGGACAAGCCAGACUCUCCAUUGCUGCAAUAUGAACCGGUGACCUGCAAAGCACCUUGCCGGGCCGUUCUGAAUCCUUAUGCCAACGUUGAUGUCCGUGCCCGGAUCUGGAUAUGUCCAUUCUGCCUGAUGCGCAACCCCCUCCCCCCUCACUACAAGGAUAUCACCGAGAGCACGAUACCGCCGGAGCUUCAUCCUUUAAGCACGACUAUCGAGUACCAAUUGGCGCGCCCCGCCCCUACCCCUCCUAUUUUUGUAUAUGUUGUCGAUACUUGCCAGGAGGAGGACAGCUUGAAGGCCUUGAAGGAUACUCUGGUGAUGAGCUUGUCUCUGCUGCCAGCAAAUGCGCUAGUGGGGUUGAUCACAUAUGGUACUAUGGCCCAAGUCCACGAGUUAGGCUACACCGAAUGCGCCAAAUCAUAUGUGUUCCGAGGCAGCAAAGAAUAUGCCGCUAAGCAAGUCCAGGAAAUGCUUGGUCUUCUCUCUGCUGGAGUGCGUCCGAACAUGCCUCAACAACCGGCUCGUCCGCCUCUUGGCCCCGCCGCACGAUUCCUUCUUCCUGUCCAGCAGGCCGAGUUCCAGAUUACCAACGUUCUUGAGCAGCUUCAGCGUGACCCUUGGCCCGUUGCAAACGACAAGCGUCCUCUGAGAUGCACGGGUGUUGCUCUUAGCGUUGCAGUCGGCUUGCUUGAGACCUCCUUCCAGAAUGCCGGUGGUCGCAUCAUGGUUUUCACCAGCGGCCCGGCAACCGAGGGCCCAGGUCAUGUUGUUGGACCCGAACUUAAGGAACCUAUGCGUUCUCAUCACGAUAUUGAUCGGGAUAACAUCAAAUACUACAAGAAAGCCGUUAAGUUCUACGACGCCAUGGCUAAGCGUGCUGCCAACAAUGGACAUAUUGUGGAUGUCUUUGCGGGAUGUCUCGAUCAAGUUGGUCUUCUGGAGAUGAAGAACCUUGUCAACUACACUGGCGGUCAUAUGCUCCUUACAGAUAGCUUCACGUCCUCACAAUUCAAGCAAUCCUUCGUUAGGAUCUUCGACAAGGAUGCCAAUGACAACUUGCUGAUGGGCUUCAACGCAUCCCUUGAAGUCCUCACUACUAAGGAGCUCAAGGUCACAGGGCUUAUUGGCCACGCCGUAUCUUUGAAUAAGAAGUCCAGUUCCGUCGGUGAAACAGAGUGCGGUAUCGGCAAUACGUGUGCCUGGAAGAUGUGCGGUAUUGAUCCUUCUUCAAGCUACGGUGUUUACUUUGAAAUCGCGAACCAAGGCGGGCCUGCGGCAGUGCAGCCGGGUCCUCAGAGAGGAAUGAUGCAAUUCCUUACAUACUACCAGCAUUCUUCUGGUCACUAUCAUCUGCGUGUCACAACUGUCGCGCGCAACUUGAGUGGACCAGCUGGAGACCCUACGCUGGCACAAUCUUUCGACCAGGAAGCCGCUGCAGUUCUGAUGGCACGUAUUGCAGUCUUCAAGGCAGAGGUCGAUGAUGGUCCCGAUGUCCUUAGAUGGGUUGACCGGAUGCUCAUCAGGCUCUGCUCCCGCUUUGCGGAUUACAGAAAGGACGACCCAACUUCAUUCCGACUUGAGAAGAAUUUCACGCUUUAUCCGCAGUUCAUGUUCCAUCUCCGCAGAAGCCAGUUCUUGCAGUUCUUCAAUAACUCCCCUGAUGAGACAGCCUUCUACAGACACGUUCUUAACCAUGAGGAUGUUGGUGACUCCCUUGUCAUGAUCCAGCCGACCCUGGAUUCAUACUCCCUGGAACAUGAAGGCAGCCAGCCGGUCCUUCUUGAUUCGGCUUCUAUCCAGCCUUCCCACAUUCUUCUGCUUGAUACUUUCUUCCAUAUCCUUAUUUUCCACGGUGAAACCAUCGCAGAAUGGAGAAAGGCUGGCUACCAAGACCAAGAAGGCUAUGAGAACUUGAAGGCUCUUCUUGAGCAACCCAAAGAGGACGCUAGAGAACUUAUUUCGGAUCGCUUCCCACUGCCUCGUUUCAUUGUUUGUGAUGCUGGCGGCUCUCAGGCACGUUUCCUUUUGUCGAAGCUGAACCCAUCUACCACACACACAACAGGAGGAUAUGGUGGUGGUGUGACAUCGCAAACCAUCUUCACCGACGAUGUUUCAUUGCAGACAUUUAUGGACCAUUUGAUGAAGCUUGCGGUUUCAGGAACCAGCUAG